CCCGCGCAGGCGCGGCGGCGGCGGCGGCCAUGUCGGUGCAGGAGGACCCGGUGCAGCGGGAGAUCCACCAGGACUGGGCCAACCGCGAGUACAUCGAGGUGAUCACCAGCUCCAUCAAGAAAAUCGCGGACUUCCUCAACUCCUUCGACAUGUCGUGCCGGUCCCGGCUGGCCACCCUGAACGAGAAGCUGACGGCGCUGGAGCGGAGAAUCGAGUACAUCGAAGCCCGGGUCACCAAGGGGGAGACGCUGACAUAGGCCCGGGGCGGCCCCAGCACCGCCGCCCCUCACCCCGCUCGGGGCCCGCCGCCACCGCCGCCGCCUCUGCUCGUGUUGCCAAUAAACCGCUGUGCUCCUGCCCUGCCUGCUCUCUGCGUGCCUGCCUGGGGCCGGGCCGCGGGAUGCCCGGCUCCCUGCCACCGUCCUGGAUGUCCAGAGCCUGCCCUUCCAUCCGCCUGACUCGCGGGGUUUGGGCACACGUUCCUCCCCACGCGUGGGGGCUGCACCACAGGGGCUGUGGGCCAGGCUGUUGUCAGCUCCUGGAGGCACCUGAGUGGCCUUUGGGGCGCUUUGUGCUCCUGCUGGGAUCAUAGAAAAUCUGAUGGUCCCUGUGGUCUGGAGGGUGUCUCAGCCUUCACAUGUGCACAUGUCAGGGCAGUGUGGGGACAGCAGGCUCACCUGGCGUGGUGCACAUGCCACAGGAAAGGGCCCUUUGCCAGCACCCGGGAAGAGGAGUUUCUCCUCUCUGCGAGGCAAGUGGCAAGGAGAAGGAAGUCUCUCAGCCCUUCCCCACCACUCCUCUAUUUAUCUCAGUUUUUCAGUGGGCAUCUAAAUCUGCAGAUUCACUGCUCAUAUUUAGUGUUUGUUGGGGAGUCAAUGGAAUUGGUGUCAGCAAAGGUUUUAUUACUUCCCAGCAGGCUUUAAAAGUCUUGGUAUAUUCUCCAACUGUAAUCUUAGCUUUUUCAUGAUGGCACUGUCAUGCCUGCAGAGUUUACUGAGCACCUGAGUUACUUAAUGUUUGUUAUAUUUUUGAUGCUAUCUGACAUCAGCUGGUUCCUUGUUGAUGUAGGUCCUCCUCCGAGCUCACAGUUUUGUUCUCCAUAGGAAUCUCUGUUUUCCAUUGUUUGAAUAAGUGCUCCUCCAGUUUUUCCCUCAGCUCUCAUGGUUACUGUCAGUUUGGGCUGCACAUCAGGGAGGCUUGGCUGUGGAAAUGAGUGCUUUGUAGCAGCCCUGCAGUGAAGCAGAACAGCCAUGGCUCAUUGCCCUUAGGUGUAGGGGCCAUAUCAAAUUAUACUGUUGUCAUAAGAAGAUUGAUAGAUGGAAGGAAAGCAGCUCUCCCUUGGCUCCAAGGUGGCUGCUCUGUAGUACAUCAGAAGUACUGCCAUGGCCAUGCAUGGCUUACUGUGCAUGUGCUGGAGUCCUGAGAUCUCCAUCAUUAGAGAUAACUCAGUCUUUAUCUGGAGAAGGCCCUGAACUAAUUGGAUGUUGAAGUUGGCCCUGCGUUGAGUGGGAUGGGGUUGAGGCAGAGACCAGCAGAGGUUCUUGCCUAAAUUAUACUGAGAUUCUUCAAUCCAAAGACUGAAUGGGAGACAUGGUACCACAGACAGUCUCUGGCACUGUGUCUGUACUGGGCUGACCUCUUAUCUCGAGAUCCAUUGCUUGUUUCUGUUCCCAGCUAGUGGCAUGGUGUGUCUCAAUCCCUUCCUGGUCUCACUGGCUGUUGGAAUGGCACUUUCUCCUCUCAUACCAGGAUUUCUCAGAGGAGUGGGGUUUGCCAUGCAGUUGGUCGGAUCUGCUGGAACUUGCCACUCCCCCCAGGAUUUGUGCUCUCACAGAGCUUCAGCACUGUGGGAUCAGCCUGUCUGGUUCAUCCCCCAGCAGCAGGGAUGCUGGGCAGCUCACUGCUCUUCAGAGUUCUGCCCUUUUCCUUUCAAGAAGCCUUACUAGUUCCCUAAGGAGCCAGGUUUUCUGCUUGUGUGCUGCUUACUCCAGGCCAUCUCUGGGAGGUGAAGCCUCCUGGUCCUCAGGCUGGUACUGCUUCCUCCAGCACCUGCUGUGAUGUGCAGCCUUGUAAUAGAUGGAGCUUUGAUACAUUUCAUUAUUUCAAAUACUGGGGAAUUCUGUUUGCCUUUUUUCUUUGUACUGUAUUUUGGUUUUUGGUUUGUUUUUUUUCGUUUGUUUUUUUUUAGAAUAUGAUGCCCCAGGAACCCACAUUAAAUUUUUCUGGAGUGGA